UCCCCAAAAAUCAACCCUCUGUAAAACCCCCAAACAAAGUCCAAUUCCAAUCGAUUUUAGCUGCAGCGCCGUUUAUGGAAUGAUGGAUCCCAAUUUCGCAGGGAAGGUCGUUUCCUCAACCCUAUACGUUCCCGGGAGAACAGAUUUGGAUCAGAUGUCCGAUAUCCCAACCCGCGGGACCCACCACCGCCGCGCACACUCCGAGACCGUCUUCCGGUUCACCGACCUCGACGACGACAUGCUUCUCGAUAACGUCAUGGCUGACCUCAAAUUCGAAGCUCCGUCCCACCUCCCCAAUGUGGCGCCGGCGCCGCAGCUCAGCCAAACCCAGGAGACAAAGCCAGCGCCUCAUCUGCGGAGCCUGUCUGUGGGCGCCGACUUUUUUGAGGGGCUCGAUUUAGACGGCCCCGGACCGCCGCCUCCGCCGCCGGAGUCGACUCCCCGCCCGCUACACAGGCAUAGCAACUCGAUAGAUGGUUAUUCCAGUGCGACGUCGCCUGAGCUUGACUUUAAUUUGAAGAAGGUCGUGGCUGCAGAGAGACUCGCCGAGCUCGCUUUGAUUGAUCCCAAGAGAGCCAAAAGGAUUCUUGCGAACAGACAGUCAGCGGCAAGAUCCAAAGAGAGGAAAACGCAUUACACAAAUGAGCUGGAGAGGAGAGUGCAGACACUGCAGAGUGAAGCAACCACACUGUCUGCUCAGAUCACUUUGUUGCAGAGAGACACUACUGGCUUGUCGGCCGAGAACAAGGAACUUAAGCUGAAGUUACAGGCCAUGGAGCAGCAAGCUCGCCUUCGAGAUGCUUUGAAUGAAGCAUUGAAAGAUGAAGUGCAAUGGCUCAAGAUUGCAGCUAUUAACAUUCCUGGUGUCAAUGGAAACAGUAGAGGGCCGCCAUCUUUCCAAUUUUCGACUCAAUUUAGUAAUCACCGGGAAAGGCAGCAGCAACAGCAGCCACACUCUGGCCCCAAUCACUGUGUCUGAUGACAUUUUGAAGACGGCAUUGCUGCCGAUCUGGUAUUUUACCUACACUCCCUGUAUAUGAAAAGAAAACUCAUACAUGUAUUGAGGUUGUGAUGAUGAAUGUUUAUUGGGAUUUAGAUAUUUAGUACAUCUGUUACUGCCUACUUGUUGUCUGUAAAAAUGAAUUCUUGUGAACUAGUUUGUAUAAUAAAAUUAAAAGGGCUUUGCUAGA